AUGGAGAAGAUUUCGUUCUCGCAUGGCGGACCGGAAUACGAUGCCAAGUACCCUGAUGGCAUUCCCACGGCCAUCGACAUCACUCUCAAGAGUGGAAAGGUUGGAGGCGGGGCAUCCUAUGCGAUGCCGCUUUCUGCAUGGGCUAUGGCACAGGUGAUGUAUCCCUCAGGGCAUGCGCGAAAUACCUCUGCAGACUUGAAGAAGAUCCUGCAGCACAAGAACCGAAUGUUGGGUGACAUCGUCUUCCCGGAAAGGAGCACCGUAGACAACUUCGUCUCUCGUGCUCUGGCUGAUGAGUGCAAAAACCAUGGACGCUGA